CCUCUGGAGCCGUGAGGUCCCCCUCCUAGAGACCCAGCUUCUAGCUCUGGGCCUUGGGGGUCCCUUGCUUUUCUUCUGGGUCCCACCUUCCUUGCAGAGUUUUUGCAGCCUCCCCAGGCCCUCCUCGGAAUUUAGAGGGUUUCCGGGGUAGGAGGCUCUAUUUUUUUCUCUUCUAAGCUCCAGAGGUGACCUCGACUCCCCCACUGGAGGUUCUAGGGAAGAUUCCCAUCUUCCUUUCUCAGAAUCCAGUGGAAACUGAGCCCCUCACCUCCUUCAGGACCCCAGGCGCUCCCCUCCCCCUUCCCCAGCUCUGCGUCCUUUGCACCUGUUCUGAGCCCCGUGGGCUGCGGCCUCUAGGAUGAUGAUGUGGUCCAACUUUUUCAUGCAAGAGGAGGACCGGCGGCGUCGGGAGGCUGUGGGCCGGCGGCGGGCUCAGGGGCAGCACCAGCUGACGCCGGAGCGGGAGGGGAAGAUCAAGCUGGGGCUCCUGCUGAGCGCCGUGGGCUCCACGCUGGCCGUGCUGGCCGUGGGCACCGAGUUCUGGGUAGAGCUCAACACCUACAAGACCAAUGGCAGCGCUAUCUGCGAUGCUGCCCACCUGGGGCUCUGGAAGAUGUGCACCAAGCGACUGUGGCAGGCCGACGUGCCCGCGGGCAGAGACACCUGCGGCCCCGCAGAGUUGCCUGGAG